UGAUCGAUGAAUGAACUCUUCUACAGCAGCGUGCAAACACAUUUGGUGUUGGAACUUGGCUGAGUUAAGCAGGGGAAACGUGUGUGAUAGAUAAUUCAAUAAGAAUGGAAAAUAAAACAGUUAUUAAAGGCAAUAAAAUAACUACAACCCCAGGACCUAGUAGCAGUAAGAAGUCUAAAUUUGAAGACACAAAUACUGGAUUUGUCACAGAAAAUGGCGGACAAGUUUCAGCGUUUACUGAACAAUCCAGAGCUGUGCCCAUAGAUGAUCCUGCAGAACCAUUUGUUGCUAGUGUGGAAUCCCAAGGCAGCUUUGAGAAGGUGUCUACCCAAGAGAUGCCAUCUGCUCACGAGACAUCUGCUAACAUUAUGUCGCAUGCUGACAAGUAUUCUUCUGCUAAAGAAUAUAGCGAGGAGACGUCAUUGUCGGAAGAUAUCGUCCGCCAAUUAAUGAUCUUUCAAGACAGGUCUUUAAGGCAAAGAAAGUCAGUGAAUUAUAAAUAUUCCAAAACUGAACACUUUGUUCAUAAAAACAUUGAUAAUUCUUCAAAAGGGGCCAAUAGUUGUGAAAAAGGCACUCAUAGUAAAUACAGGGAUGAAAAUUCAUUGGACAAUAAUUUCAAGACAAGAAAUUGUAUGGCUGAUGUUAACAAUACAACAGAAAAGUGCUCUUCUGUUCAUCAAAGCACAAUAAAAAGUAAAGAAAAGUUUACAAAUGGAUCUGUUGUGUGGGGCAAGUUUGGUAAAGGUAAAUGGUGGCCUGGGAUGACACUAAAUGAGCAUGAGGUGGGGCGCUGUGUGAAACCAUGCUUCCAGUGGGUCUAUUGGCUCUCAGAUGAUCAAAUAUCCCAGGUGAAGUUAGACCACAUAGAAGACUUCCAUGAGAACCUGUUACACAGACUCAAACAGAAGGGCACCCUCUUGGGACGGGGGAUUCAAGUUGCAGUGAAGAUCUGUUGUGAGCGUGCAGGGAUCCCACUUCCUGUGAACAAUGACUUUCUGCAACACUGGGCUGCAGCAGACAGCACAUUUCACCUCAUCAAAGACAAUGCACAGAGAUUCAUGCCAGAUAAAGAUUCACCUUUGCCAUCAUUUGUCAUAGAAAAUCUAGCACAUAUCAGGACUCAACUACUACCCGCGAUUGAUGAAGAAACUCCCAAGAAAAAACAUGUGCCAUGGAAAAAUGAGAAGAUCCAAGUUCAAAAAGAAAGCUACUGUAAUGACCUUGGUGCCACAAAUAGCUCUAGGGAAAUGAAGAUACCAACUCAAAGGAAGAUCACAAAUGUGAUUGUCCAGGAAAGUGCUGGAGCUGCUAAUGCAAGUGCAGUAAAUAGGUGUAACAUUUGCUGCGAAGAUUCCGAUGUCAGAUUCAAUCAUCCACUCUUUCAAUGGCAUAUUUGCAUCAAGUGCAAGGACAGUUUGAAGAGCAGUUUCCAUGCUGUCGAUGACGACGGGUGUAGCAUGUUCUGCUGUGUGUGUGGGGAUGGCGGGAAGAUGUUCGUCUGUGAUGAUCUUCACUGUGGGAAAGCCUUUUGCUUUGCUUGUGUACGAAAAUAUGCAGGAAAUCUGGCUUUUGAUAAGACCCAUGAGACCAGCCCCUGGCAUUGCUUUCUGUGUCAGGACUACAGCAUGGAGACCCACGGUCAGUUGGUGCCGCGGGCCGACAGAGACCAGGAGAUCCUGCACUUCUUUCAACCUGGACAUGUGCCUCUAUGUCAAGAUUUGCAGUAUUUAACUCUGGGCAACAAACGGAAAUUACGGGUGUUGUCACUGUUUGAUGGCAUUGGUACAGGGAGGCUUGCACUGGAUGCACUGGGUAUAGACGUGGAGCUGUAUGCCAUAUCUGAGGUGGACAAAGACGCCAUGGCCGUGUCAUCAUUCCAUUACAAUGUCACUCAUCUUGGGGAUGUGUGGAACAUCAACAAGGAUACACUGAGUGACCUCUGCCCCAUAGACCUGGUGUUGGGUGGACCGCCCUGCAACGAUCUGUCUAUUGUUAAUCCAGGAAGGAAAGGAUUCAAUGGCAGCGGUAUCCUGGUGGUGAAGUACAUGGCGCUGGUACAGGACGUGGAGGCGUUGUGCAGGGGGAGCAACCACGUGUUCUGGCUCAUGGAAAACACUGCACACAUGCCCAAACACUUCUACUCACUCAUCUGUCAGAUCAUGGGGAUGGAGCCAACCUUGUGGGAUGCCAAGUACUUCACUGGCCAGAACAGGGCAAGGUACUUCUGGGGAAACAUACCUGGAAUGUAUAGCGGGCCAGAGUUCUGCAGACAGCUUGAGAAGGAACGCACAGAACUCGAGGCAGCACUUCUCCCGAACUUCAACAGAAUAGCAAAUGUAUCACACACGCGUACCAUUACAAGUGGCAGCAACUCGCUGACUAUCACAAAUGGGCUGAAGGACCAUGUAGUGAACAUGAAUGGAGAACCAGACCAGAUCUGGGUUCAAGAACUGGAAAGACUAUUUGGUUUCCCCACCCACUACACAGAUGUGGGUGAGCUGACGUUGUCACGCCGGCGCCGAGUGCUUGGCAAGGCAUGGAGUGUACCAGUCAUAAAGCACUUGCUAUCACCACUGAGAUCAUAUUUCAAACUCAAGGACUCAAGAGAGAGUAUGGUGUAACUUUUACAUGCAGUGGCAGGAAUAAUGAGGGAAUGUACGUGUAUCAGGUCAAUGCCAUAUAUAAGCUUGGAGAUACUAGAGAAUUACAUUACAAUGCUGGAUGAUCAUAGUAUAAGUCAGUAAAACUAGUGUAUGUUAAACAGUGAAUAACAUAACAAUACUUAUAAAUGAGUGUAUGAAGCUGAUGAAAAAGACAAAAAUAACAGUGUUACAGGAACAUAAAGUGCAUCAGUCAAUUAUAUGGAAAUAAUGUGUAUUGAUUGGAUAACAGCAGCAAUGAAGGAUCAAUCCUUUAAUGAAUGAAAAUGUUAAUAACUGUCUGUAUAAAUGUUUGUUAGCAAAAAUGAUAAAAGAUUCAUUUAUAAAUGAAUGAAAGUGAAAAACAUAAUUAACUUGUAAAUACUUUUUGUUUGUUUUUUUUCCCUUUCAAACAGAGCUUAUUCUUUAAAACUUAUUGUUAUAUUUUAGUGUUUAAUUUUGUUAGCUACAGUAUUUCUUCUCAUAAUUAUGACACAAUAUUAUUUUUUAAAUGAUGAUUUUUGAAUUGUUUGUGUUUAUAUGAAUGUUGAAUUACAUACCAGCUUUGUUAUAUCCUUAAGUUACUUGUUACUUAAUAUUUUUACUUGUUUUGACCCUCUUUAGCACAAUCUGGUAUCAUAACAUGUGAAAACUACAUUAUAAUUAUCAUCUUAAAUAGUGUGGAAUUUUUAAGUAACUAAGCAGUCAAAGACUGUUUACUCGACAGUGAUUUUUGUGUGUAAUAGAAAGACUUUAGGUUAAGUGCUUCAAAAUAUCUGUUGUUGGUGUUGUUGAAGAUAAUUUGCUGGCAUCAUGCAAAAAUGGGUCUUAUGCAUAAUUAGGCCAGCAUGGCUUCAGACCAGCCUGAGCAUUUGCACAGCAUGGUCAAGAGCGACCUUGUCGGCUCAUUAGACCACAAAACCUUGUGUGACUUUCAAGCGGACAAGAUAGCUUCUGUCCAUAAUUUUCAGAUCUGCAGGCAGACUUAGAGUUUCAGAGCUACUGUUUUUUCAUUUGCUGCAAGAUCCAGUUUUGCAUGACACAGCUCAUUUAAUAGUGUUUUUUUUCAGUUAAAUAAUAAUGUUAGCAUCUCUGAACCAUAUUUGAUUUGCUCUAAACAUGUUAGUUAUUUGUUUUUUUUCUGUACUGUUAUUGGUGUUUUGCAUUGCCACAUACAUUCUAACAGAUUCUCAUAUUUUGUAAUUAAUAUUUUCAUGGUCAAAAUCACAGUAAAUGCGUAUAAUAAUAAUGAUUAUGUUUUAACAAAUAUAAAACUGUUAAAAGACGUCAUUGUUAUAGUUUCAUAAUAUAUCAGCAACAACUUAUCAAUUAAGAAUAUCUAUAUCUUGCUAAACUUAGUGCUUUCCUUUGGCUUAUAGGGAAAUAUCAUUGAUUUCACAUAAUUAAUUUAAUGUUAAAAAAGUGAACAAUAUUUUCUGCAAUGAUAUGGAUAGUCAAAAAUGUGUGACAAGGACUAUGCCAAAUGUAAUUAUUUUGACAGUGGUGAUGUUAUGUUCAAGUUAGGAUACAAAUCAAGUUUGCUAUAUCCAAAGUUUUAUUAAGGUCGAUUGAUGCAAAUAGAGAUAGUUGUUGCACACAAACAUUUACAUGAAUUUCUCGAGUACUAUAAGGGUCAGAUUGCUUAACCCUUUACCACUUAGAAUCAAAGUGAAAAUGGCUAUGUGCAAACAGCAUAAAACAAGUACAGCCUGCGAGUAACUCGCAGUUAGUUCAGGUUUUAUGCUGUUUGCUGCCCAACAGUAUCGAAGGGUUGAAAAUGAAGCCAUUAAAACUUUAAUCUAGUAAGAAAGGUUUUCAAUUAAAUUUAACUUUCUAUGGGACUACAAGUGCGUCAAAAUACAUUUCUAAGUGGUAAAGGUUAAAAUUGCAGGUCAGAUCAUUAGGCCUUUGUCAGUGACAUUGCAUGAUGAUCCUUAAGACAUGUUUGAAGUCUCAAUUGCAUCUCUGUAUUAGUUACAUAGGAUAUUUGUUGGUUUCAGUGUAUGAUUAAAUUUAAUUUCACGAGUAGUUAUAGGAAAAACUUAUUUUCAUUAGUGGCGUAAGUAAAAUGAAUAUUUCAUCAUUCACCCAAAGCAAGAUAUUUUUUUUACUUUAUGUCUCAGUAAAAAAAAAUUACAACAAUAUACGAACAAGGUAAAAUGUUAUGAUUGUGUGUUUUGAUUACUUCCAAAUUUGGGCUUUGUUCUUCAUAAAUGAGUAAUUGUGGGAAAAUUCUUCAUAAAUGAGUAAUUGUGGGAAAAAGGUGACAUAAACUAUGCCCUGUUAUAGCUAAAUGAUAUUUUGGUUGAUAUUGUUCACGGUCUUUUGGAGAACACAUGUUCAUGAAUAUUGUUCAUGCAUUUUCAUUUGUCAAGAAAUUAAUUUUCAAUGGUCAAUUGAUAUAAUUUAUGAAAAAAAUGCAAUUUGUAUUAUAUUUUCACGGCAAUUGAGAAUAAAAAAAACUUUUUUUUAACUGAAAUCUAAUUUUCGUUUACCAAUAACAUUUUGUAUUCCAUUGUAAAGCAUGUUAUAAAAUAAAUUCCUGUCUUAG